AUGAUCCGCCUUUUGCCACAUAAGAACAAGGAUGUCCCGAUAGAAUGCAAGCUUUUCAACUACGCUCUAUCACAGAAAGAUGGCAGAGGGCACCUUUACGAGGCACUUUCCUAUGUAUGGGAGACUGAUAUUAAAUCUCACUCAAUCAUAUUAGAUGGCUGUACUUUCCCUGUUACAAGCAACCUUCAUGCAGCGCUCAUUAACCUUCGAGACGAUCAAAUUGAUAGAGUGCUGUGGGUUGAUGCGAUAAGUAUCAACCAACUUGAUCAGGACGAGAAAAGCAAGCAGAUUCCACUUAUGCGAACAAUCUAUGCACAAGCUAUGCAUGUCAUUGUCUGGCUUGGAGAGGCUAUGGAAGACGGUGAUAAAGCGCUUGAAGGAAUUCGUUGCCUUGGAGCAGAACAGGAUAUA